GUUAUCGGUAUCUACCAAUUAUGUCAAAAGGUUGUAGUUUACCAGGACCUUUCCAGUACCACCGGGAUAUCACAUAAAAUGCCAGUCCCGCCCCAGCGUAGCGAGUCCUCUAAUCCAAAACCACCAAUACACUCACAACCGCAAACAUGACAGACGCCUACACCCUUGUCCAAUCGCACUACGGCGAGAUCGCCAAACGCAACACCACCUCCCCAGCUACCCAACAAACCAAGGAAGAAAAUGUCGCCAAGUCCUUCGGCUACACCGCAGACGAUCUCGCCUUUCUCCCUGACAAAACAAAUCUAGGCCUAAGCUGCGGAAACCCAGUCGGACUAGCGAAUGUCAGAGAAGGCGAGACUGUUCUUGACCUCGGUAGCGGUGCUGGGAUCGAUGUCUUUCUUGCUGCGAAUAAGGUGGGUGAGAGGGGGAGGGCGAUUGGGGUUGAUAUGACUAGAGACAUGAUCAAUCUAGCCACAACAAAUUCCCAAAAAGCAAACCUGCCCAAUACCACCUUCCUCGAAUCUAGAAUCACAUCCGUCCCGCUCCCCGACUCCACAAUUGACUGCAUUAUCAGUAACUGCGUUAUCAACCUUGUCCCUAUAGCCGACAAACCAUCCGUGUUCCACGAGGUCUUUCGACUAUUGAAGUCCGGUGGACGAGUCGCUGUUAGCGAUAUCCUCGCGAGGAAGCCGUUGCCGGAGAGCAUAAGUGGGGAUAUGGCUUUGUAUGUGGGGUGUGUUGCGGGAGCAAGUUUGGUGCAGGAGUAUGAGGGGUGGUUGGCUGAAGCUGGUUUCAAAGAUGUGUUGAUUGUGGAUGCAAAAUCCGAUCUGAACGUAUACAAGACGCUAGAGCCGAAUUCUUGCUGUGGGUCGAGUGGUUGCUCGACGAGUACAGAGCUUGAUUCUUCGAAGAUUGAUUUUAAUGAGUGGGCUGGUUCCUUCCAAAUCUACGCCAUUAAGCCUUAGUGCAGAUACGCUUGAAUUGUAUAUAACCAAGAUACAGAGACAAACUAUGCUAUCUCAGAAAGCACAGCAAGCAAAACCCGAUUCUCAACCCUACACCCCUCCCAUUGAAACACCGCACUUCGAUACCCGCAACGUAACUUUGCUUCGAUUUCCCCAAUGCUUGCAUUCCGCUUGUUACAGCGCAUGACGAGUCCGAAGGCAGCGGUGCAGAGUGUUGUAUCUGUCUCUUGGACGGUGUUGGUGGGCUCUAUGUCCAUAGGAGUAGUAGAGAGCCAUUGGAGCCAGUCUGGUUGAGAACAGCAGGUUGAUUGAGGAUCGAGCAUAUUUGAAAAGUAGUCGCUUAGAUUUGGGGUUGCGAGCUCUGUAGAUAUACUGCGAAGCAUACUAGGUGGCGAAGGUGGGAUGCUCGUAGUCCAUUGGAGAGAAGGUUGCGACAUAUCCAAGCCAUCAAGUUGAUUUUCAAUCAAGUCCGGCAAAGU